AUGCUUCGAGUGGAUUCAUUCGAAAACAUUUUUAUAAACAAUCCUGAAUUGAUGAAACUGUAUGAAUUGAGUUUUCAUGGAUGUUUGUUUUUAUUGAAGCCCCUUCCGUCCACUCGAGUGCCUGCAACGGGUAUCGAUGAUCGUUUCCAGCGACUCAAAUUAGUUGAUCGAAUUACGGGUAAAGACGGUUUUGCGGACGAAUUUGAAAAGUUGCAACAGCAAGAGCAGCCACAAUUUAUGAGUUUACGCGAGGGAAGAAAAACCGAGAAUGUUGCUAAGAAUCGAUACAAGAAUAUAAUACCAUACGAUCAUACACGAAUCAUUCUGAAAUGCAGUCACGAUUCCCAAUUGCACCAGCAACAACAGAAUUGUGAUGAUUAUAUCAAUGCGAACCGUAUUGAG